UUUGAAAGUUACAAGUUAGUUCAUCGACGUGUCGCGCAUGGCGCGGUGUCGCAACUCGCACGAUAUCAUCCGCAGCGCAGGCAUGUCGCAAAUGUCAAUAAAUGUUAACAAACAAUAGGUCGAAUCUGUUCUUUUUAGCUGAACCGGCGUACUUGAAAUGAAAUAGAUAUAUGUUUGCCGUUCGCCGAAAACGAGAAGGAAAAUUUUAGGGCAGACCGGGUUCACCGGGUACGGUCCGUUACAGCGGUUAGGAAGGAGGCCCAAUGGUAUUCGCGAACACUGUCCGUUUCGUCAGGCAGAGUGUGAGGACCCUUUGUUCAAGCCGUUCAAGGAGAAUCGGUCUAGCGAUUUGCGAUUAUUCGAGAGCCCUGACAUCGAGCGCCGUCGAAAUGGAUAAACCCAAGGUGCCCAAGGUCCUGAUUACACGGCCGGAUAUACCCAAAGCGGCCUUAAUUCUGCUGCGUGAUCGAUAUUGCCUCAGAAUCUGGGACAAACCUGAACCGAUACCACGCUCCACUUUAUUGUCCAUGAUCCACGGAGUGGACGCUGUAUUCUGCGUGCUGACGGACAAGAUAGACGACGCGAUUCUAGAAUCUGCAGGUCCGCAGUUGAAAGUCGUGGCGUCUAUGUCAGUGGGCUUGGACCACCUAGACAUAGAUAGCUUGCACAAAAGAAACAUUAAAAUUGGCUACACUCCAAACGUCCUGACUGAGAGCACUGCUGAGCUGAUAGUAGCGCUUUUACUGGCCACGUCAAGGAAACUGAUACAUGCACACUUAGCGAUUUAUAAAGCCGAGUGGACAUCCUGGUCGCCCCAAUGGAUGUGCGGCAGAGGACUGGCGGGGAAAACCGUAGGAAUCGUCGGUCUGGGUAGGAUCGGCUUGAGAGUCGCGGAGAUACUUAAGGGUUUCAACGUUGCCGAGAUAUUGUAUUAUAGCAGAACCGUCAAAUCAGAAGCGUCCAAGUUCGACGGUAAAAGAGUUGAUUUUCCCAAGUUACUUCAGGACAGUGACUUCGUUAUAGUAACUGUGUCACUGACGCCACAAACGAGAUAUAUGUUUAAUUCUCGGGCUUUCGAUCAAAUGAAGGAGACGGCUGUAUUCGUGAACGGUAGCCGUGGGGAAGUGGUGGAUCAACAAGCGCUGAUCGACGCCUUAAAGAAUAACGCAAUCGCAGCAGCUGGUUUAGACGUCACGACGCCGGAGCCGCUGCCACUAGACCAUGAACUUUUAAAUUUAGAUAAUUGUGUGGUUCUACCUCACAUAGGAAGCGCUACUCACGAAACUAGAGAGGAAAUGGCCUGUAUCACAGCGAAAAAUAUUAUGGCUGUCUUAGACGAAUGCCCCGAAGAAAUGCCCGCGGAAUAUAAAGUGAAUGUAAACUGAUAACAUUGCUAAACAAGGCAUAACGAUGAGAAAUUUUAAUGAUCAUAUUAUGAUAUAUAUAUAUAUUUCUGAAUUUAAAAUCAACAUACAAUUUGUAUUUUCGAUUUAUACGUGUAUAUAAUACAAUUUAUGUAAUUUAAGAGUAUAUAGUGUAGUUAUAUCAGUUAGAAAUCAGUCUUUCAAAGUCUAAGGUACAAAUUAAUAUAUACAAAUUAAUGUUUUCAAAACA